GAGAAGAAAAAAAUUAAAAAGUAGAAGAAAGGUGGGGAGAGGGAGACAGAUUAAGAAAGAAAAGCCAUCUAUUAAUACUACUUUGGUACCGUAAAAGCCUAGAGGAACGCAACCGCCACAUCUCAGAGUUCCUUUCCACUUUUCAAAUAUACGCGGGACGGUCUCGGGCGGCACUAGAACUACAACUCCCAGGUUCCUGCGCGGCGCGGAGAAGGCAGGCCGGGACUGUGCGAAAGAGACUCCGGGGGAUAGCGGGCCAGAGCCGGCCGCUCCUCCUUUUAAAGCGGUUUCGCACCACUUUCCGCCCGCGGCGUCGGUGGCGUCGAUGGCGGCGGCGGCGGCGGCGCCGUCCACGCACGGGCGGGUAACGGCGGCGCGAAGCGGUGCUGGGCGGGAAGGGAAGUCGUGGCGGCGGCGAUCGCAGCAGCGGUGGUGCUGUCAGUUAGGCCUUCGGAGAUAAUGGGAGACCCGGGGUCGGAGAUAAUAGAAUCUGUCCCUCCAGCUGGGCCCGAGGCAUCUGAGUCAACAACGGAUGAAAAUGAAGAUGACAUUCAGUUUGUUAGUGAAGGACCAUCAAAACCUGUUCUUGAAUACAUUGAUCUGGUCUGUGGUGAUGAUGAAGAGUCUAGCAUCUAUCAUAGUGAUAUUCUGUUCCCUAAAAUGCCAAAACGACAGGGAGAUUUUUUGCAUUUUUUAAAUGUGAAGAAGGUGAAAACAGACACAGAAAGAAAUGAUAACAGAAAUCAUUGUGGACUGUCUAAGUCAGAGGAAUCAAAUUUCAAAUAUGUUGAAAAACCAGUCAUUGAAGAAAAUCCAUCAUGUUCAUCAAAGGAAGAAACAGAUAAUCUUGUGCUUCCAGAUUGUUGGAAUGAAAAACAAGCAUUUAUGUUUACAGAACAGUACAAAUGGCUUGAAAUAAAAGAAGGUAAAUUAGGAUGUAAGGAUUGUUCAACAGUUCGGCAUUUGGGAUCAAAAGCAGAAAAGCAUGUCCAUGUGUCCAAGGAAUGGAUUGCAUAUUUAGUAACCCCUAAUGGCAGUAAUAAAACUACUAGACAAGCUUCUCUGCGGAAAAAAAUUAGGGAACACGAUGUUUCUAAAGCCCAUGGUAAAAUUCAGGAUCUGUUGAAGGAAUCCGUUAAUGACUCAAUUUCUAAUUUAGUGCAUAAAAAAAAAAAUAAAAAUAUUGAUGCUACCAUAAAAGUUUUCAAUACAGUUUAUAGUUUAGUAAAACAUAAUAGACCUUUGUCUGAUAUUGAGGGGGCAAUAGAAUUACAAGAGAAAAAUGGAGAGGUCAGCUGUUUAAAUACACGAUACAGUGCAAGAAGAAUAGCAGAACAUAUUGCAAAAGAAAUUAAAAUGAAGAUAUUUAAGAAUAUGAUAGAAGAGAAUGCCAAAAUCUGCAUCAUAAUUGAUGAGGCAUCUACAGUUUCAAAGAAAAGCACUCUAGUGAUUUAUCUCCAAUGCACAGUUCAGUCGGCUCCCGCACCAGUUAUGUUGUUCGUUGCUUUAAAAGAAUUGGUCUCCGCCACAGCAGAGUUUAUUGUCAAUACGUUAUUGAAUACUUUAAAUGAUUGUGGGUUUACUAAUGAAUAUUUGAAAGCAAAUUUAAUUGCAUUUUGUUCUGAUGGUGCUAAUACAAUGCUGGGAAGAAAGUCUGGAGUAGCUACAAAGUUGUUAGAAUAUUUUCCUAAAAUCAUUAUUUGGAACUGUUUAAAUUAUCGAUUACAGUUGUCACUUGAUGAUUCAAUAUCUGAAAUAAAACAAGUUAAUCAUUUUAAACUAUUUCUUGAUAAAAUUUAUUCCAUUUAUCACCAGUCUAAUAAAAAUCAAAACAAGCUUUUAGAAAAUGUAGCUAAAGAUCUUGAAAUUGAAAUUGUUAAAAUUGGCCGGGUAAUGGGACCAAGAUGGACAGCAUGUAGUUUACAAGCUACUACUGCUGUAUGGCAUGCAUAUCCUGUAUUAUAUAUGCAUUUUUCUCAUUCUUGUUCUGGUUUGGCAAAGAGAUUAUCUAACAUUAAUUUCUUACAAGACCUUGCUUUAAUGAUUGACAUUCUUGAAGAAUUUUCACUACUUUCAACUGCAUUACAGUCAAGAUCAACUAACAUUCACAAAGCACAAAAAUUGAUCAAACGCACCAUAAGAGCUUUGGAAAAUUUAAAAAUCAGUACUGGAAAGCAUGAGUCUCAAAUUGAGGGUUUGAUUAAGUCAGAUAAGUUUAAAGAUAUUCCAUUUAAUAAAAACAAUGAAUUUAAUGCUCUUCCAAGGAGUAUGUUACUAGAAAAUAUAAUUGAACACAUGCAUUUACGUCUUUUAUCUGACAGAAACCAUGACGAAAGUAUUUUUAAUUAUUUUGACUUGCUAGAACCUUCUACAUGGCCUUAUGAAGAAAUAACUUCACCAUGGAUAGCUGGUGAAAAAAAAUUAUUUCAUCUAUGUGAAAUUUUAAAAUACGAAAUUGAUUUGAAUGAUUUUCGAGAAUUUGUACAUGAUAAUAUAAAAUCAAACAAUGUUUCAAUUCCUAUAGCUAUACAAAAAGCUAAAAAGAUAGUUAACACUAUUGCAAUCAAUAAUGCUGAAGCUGAAAGAGGUUUCAAUUUAAUGAAUAUAAUUUGUACAAGGGUGAGAAAUAGCUUAACAGUAGAUCACAUAUCAGAUUUAAUGACAAUAAAUUUAUUGGGGAAGGAGUUAGCAGAUUGGGAUGCAACUCCAUUUGUAACGUCCUGGUCAAAUUGUAACCAUAGGUUGGCUACAGAUAAAAGAGUUAGGCAAAAAUCAGCUAAAGCCUUCUGUGAGAAUCAGUUGGCUAUAUGGAACUUACAAUAAAGGGUAUUGUAUAUGUUUUUAUCAUUUGUAAAUUGUGUGCUAUGCAUCUCUUAUACAUAAAAAAUUCUUUGAAAGUCAAUUGUUAAACUUUUAUUAACAUGUUUAAAAGGCAUUCUCCAAAAAGCUAAAGUUGAUUGUUUUUAGGAGUUACAUAGUUAGAGAUUAGCCCACGUCUGCUAGAGGGCCAUGAUAUAUAUUCUGUACAGAACACCCAGCCAUUUCCACUUUUGCUGUCUUACUUUUUACUUAAGAUGCAAAAGAAUAACAACCCAGUCAAGUUCUAAGCCCUAGAAAUAAUAUGGAUGCAAAAUGAAAUAAAAAUUGCAAACCUUUUGGCUCUUUCUCAUUUCUGUAUCUGUGCUAAUACAGUAAUCUCUAGCACGUGUGGCUAUUAAGCACUUGAAAUGAGCUCAGUAGGACUAAGCAAAUUUUUAAUUUCAAUUAAAUAUAAAAAAGUGUAAAAUAUUUUAAAAACUCAACUUUUAGAAAUACAUUUGUUACCUUGCUUAUGAUUCUUGUAGCGUGCCUGUCAGACUCAUGUGUCAUGUCUAGUAUUACAUAAAAACACAUCACUGAAUUGGUGUCAACAGAUUCAGUGCACAUAACUUUUUUUCUAUGAAUUGAUAUAACAUAGCAUUUUUAUCUGAGUAUUUUAUAUAGACAACAGGAACUAGUGAUACUUAUAUAAAUCAUACUGGUAAUUAGAUUGAAAUACCUAUUUUAAUUGUAAUUAUUUUUCUAGUUUAGACAUGAAUAUGAACACAUUUUUAAAUUUAAAAUGAAGGCAUACUGAAAAAGAAGUAGAGAUGCAGAAGCUAGUACUACAACUGGAACAGUAAACAAGAUGGAAGAAGGUACGUUACAGAUUUCAUGAUGAAAGGUAAUUGCAGUGGCUGUGGGCAGAGGAAAACAAGCUGUUACUUAACAAAGACAGUAGACUGGGUAAUAUUGAGACUGUUUCAGCAAAUGCAGAAUGACUGAAUGAAAUCUUUCAAAGUCAAAAAAGAAUUGAAAUUUAGCUACUUGAAAUCAGAAUUAAAUGUUGAACAAAAAAUUUUUUUAUCAAUUUUUAAACGAGUUGAGCUUGUAAGUUUGGCUAGCUAUAAAACAGCUUAAAUUUUUACAUGAAAUAGAACUGGUUUUAGAUGGAUAGAUAGUGAAAUAUUUAGUAAUAGAAAGUGUUAGAAAAUUAUGAGGUAAAGCCUAAAAAAUGUUUUAUUAGGAAAGUGCAGAGUCCUUAGUUAAGUAACCAAACUUGUGUAUAGAAUACGAGACCUUUCUUACAUAUAAAAGAUAAAUUGAUUUAAAAUCUGAAAAAUUCCUUUUUUUUGGAUGAGUUAUGUAAUAGAUGCAACUCAGGUGAAACUUGGAGUGCAUUUUGUCUUACAGGACUUAAACGUUUAUGAAGCAAUAGUUUGAAUUUGUGGCCUAAAAAAAUGACCCUUGUGUAGCUUUUUGUUUUGUUUUGUUUUGUUUUUAAGCUCUGUGCCCAAUGUGGGGCUUGAAUUCACAAUCUCAAGAUCAAGAGUUGCUUCCUCUAUUGACUGAGCCAGCCAGGUGCCCCUGUGUAGCUAUUUUUUAAUCUUUUACAUUUGUCACAGGAGUUUCAACUAGAUGAGAAAAAAAUUACUUCUAUCACAGUAAAUGGUACUCCAGCCAGGUUAGGUAAAAUGUCAUACUUUAUUGAAAUUUUUAGAUGAGACAUUUCCCUUAUUGUUCAUUCUACCUAUAUGAUACAUUUUGAAGAUAGUUGUCAAUUUUCUGAAAUGGUCUCCAUGAAAGGUGUCAUGGAUACAGUUAAAUAUUCAUUGUAUGAGUGCAAACACUAUGAAUCAACAUCAGCUUAAAGGAUUGCUGAAAGAAUUAGAAGAAUGAAUUUAGUGAUCUUAUGUACUCUGCCAGUUGGUUGAAUUGUGGAAGUAAAAACUUACUGUAAUGUUAACACUAGUUCAGGAUUGUCUUUAACAACAAAAAAAUGCUAGCCAAAUAUUUAAUACUUAAAAAGAGAAAAUGGUGGAGGCACCUGACUGGCUCAGUUGGCAGAGCAUGUGACUCUUGAUCGGGGGGUCAUGGAUUCAAGCCCCAUGUUAGACAACUUACUUUAAAAAAAAGUUAAAAGAAAAAAGAGUAAAUGGUGGUUUUCUCCCCAUUGAAUCUAAAUUAGAUCUCCCCAGUGAUCUAAAUUUGAAGCUGCAAGGAAAAGAAAAAGCCUAUUUGUGUCCUACUUAGACAAGCACUAAAAUUUAUUUUGAAAUAGAAACUUUUAAAAAUAAAUAUAAAUAAUUCCACACAUUUUUCUAAUAUGAGUCCGUAUGCACAAACUUUUAACUGUAUUUGACAUUGUUAUGUAAUUUACUAUGUAAACUGUAAGAAAAUUUGAAAAAUGUUUUAUUUAUUGAUUAAUUUGCUUUUAAAUUUAUUCCAUAAUUCUGAAUUCGAUGUUAACAGUACUGAGCUGACCCAAAAUUAAUCGAAUUUACUUAGACAAAUACAGUCUUCAAAUUGGUAUGCUUUUGCUCUGAAGGCAAAUCAAUUCUUUUUAAAAAGAUGAAUGGGAUUUUUUUCAUUAUGGAUGUAAUUAUUUUCUUGGAAAAUAUUAUUUUCUUUCAGUUAUUAGAAAACUGGAAUAAUUUGAGUAUAUGAAUCUAUUUUUCAACUAAAUUUUAUGAAAUUUAUAUAUAAAUUAAGUAUUUGUGAUAAAAAAAGGCAUUCAGAUUCACAGAUGUGCUUUACAUGUAAAAUACACAUCAGAUUUUAAGGACUUAGCAUGUAUAAUAUCACAUUAAUAAUUAUUGGUAAUAUGUUGAAAAAUAUUUUGGUUAUAUUGAGGUAAAUAAAAUAUUAAAAUUAA